CAAAAACUCAAAUUCAACGACGCAGCGCGACUACCUGUGAUAAAACAUUCAAUAUUCUAAUAUCAGAUUCAUAAUACUACACAUAGUAUUACACUGCACAUAGUUAUACUAUCGUCGGAAUAGAAUAUGUCAAACACAUCAAUUCGUCCGAUACCUACGCUGAAAGGGAUUUUUUCAGUGCCGCGAGCAGGAGCUAAUCAGGGCCGCAACUUUCUUAAGGAGAAUAAAGAGAGCUUGCGCUCGCUGGAGAAAUCAACAAGUGAAAAACUAGCAGCCAAGGAACCAGUGCGUCCCAAAUGGAUGCCACCUAUGCGCCGCGCUGGCAGCGAGGUACGGGAAUCGAAAACAGGAAGACCCCCGGUGUCCAGACAAAACACCCAGGAAACCAGUCUGCAACGCAACCGUAACCACUCGCGUUCGCAUCACCAAUUGGGUGUGGCUGUUCCAGAUGCUGGCGAACGUUUUGACGGCUUGGAAUCGCGCAAUCCUAUGUGCGAUGACCCGUCGGUGGAAGCACAGAAAGAUUUUGAGCAGUCACCGGACAGAUAUUCAGAACGCUGCAGCUCUUGCGGCACCCAACGCAGCUCCACAAGCAUUGGCAUACAGACAGAAGAUAUCACAGAUGAACUCUACCUAACAAAUGCCUUAAAAAAAUGCAGUUUUGAUGGUGAUUCUAUGCUGGAUGAGCACCCCAAUAAAUAUGACAACAAUUACAGACGGUCCUCCAAUCGUUACGAUAAUAACGAAAACGAGCAUCUUCAGCCCAGUCGGUUCAACAUGAAUGAGUUGAACACAAUGAUACCCUUACCCGACGAUGAUCUGAAAACUGAAGUCGCUUCGGAUGAAGAGGCUCCGCUUAGUGCCCGCAGCCGCUUUACAGUGGCCACAAUGGCAUCAAAUGCUAGCACCACGUCCAUAACAUCGAAGCGCCGCGAGCACAAGCUGGGAUCACGCGACGAAUUGCGUCUUCCGCGCUACCUAGAGAAGGAAAAGCGCGAAAAGGCCGCAGCCAAGGAGCUUGCCGAUGCACGGGAUCCGGACUGUCCACGCGGACAUACUCUGCUCUCGGAGGAGGAUCGUGUUGGCCACUUGAACAGCGCAAAGAAGCGCUAUGAUGGUCUAAUCAGUGAGCUUAAUCACAUGCCCAUGACCGCCCAGACUCUUCGGGUGCGCAACCGCAAGGCGGAAAUCGACAAAGAGCUGGGUAUCGUAGAUGAGGAGAUACGCGUCUACUCCAAGCCCAAGGUAUACAUCAGCUCUAGCAAAUAUCAGUAACUCUGAUGGCUGUACUCGCAACAUCCCAAAGAAGUCUUUGCAUCAAAUGACUGUUAGUUCUACGAUCUCCCUAAAAACGAUCUACUAUGACCUCCGCCGUACAUGUGCCUUAAGGAGUCUUUAUGAAUGCAUGAAUCUAGUCUUGUGUUAACUAUAUUUAAGAAUAGUUUCCACGUCAUCAAUGGAGCCAGUCUUAUGAAUGCAACCAAGUGAAGACUCCAGUAAACACAACAGAAUUUCUACAUUAAACAGUAAUCUAACAAAAAACUCACCUCCAUGCUCUCAUCCAAUUGAUUGUUGUUUUUGUCAUCGGACUCGUUCGACCGCUCCUGUGAGUCCUGGCCAUUGUCUAUUCUUCGAGCCUGAUGUCGAGGUUUGGUCAUGGGAAUACGAGGGUCCUCAGAUUUUACUUUGUACUCCUUCAUCAGAUACAUGGCCGCAUCCGAGUGCGGUGGGGCCUUCAUGAAACGUGCUGUCAUAUCCGCCUGAUUGAGACCUUUAAGAGUGUUGAUGCCACCCGGAUGCUUGUGCAUGAACUCGGACAGAUCAUAGUACUCCUGACGGUAUUUCACGAUAAACUCAGCAUCCGAUCCCUUGGGCGUAUCCAUUGCGAUGAGGUUCGAUUCGGGAACUGAAAUUUAAAAAUGCGGUCAGAUAAGACUACUAUAUAACCACUACUACUACACCCAAUACUGUUACAGAUUCCUAGCUUAAUAAUUACUUUGCGUGCCAUCGUAUAGCACGUUACCAUGA